AUGGCAUACGGAGCUGUCCCAGAAUCAAUGAGGAAUGUUAAAGCAUUCUUAUAUGAUGUAUUCGGAACAAUUGUAGAUUUACGUACGACGAUAACUCAAGAAUUAACAUCAUUCGCUACAUUAACUUCUACCAGAUGUUCAAUAAAUUCUCAACUUUCAUCAAAAAAUUGGUCAGAAUUCUCUCAAAAGUGGCGCCUUCUAUCGACCAAAAGAAUUCAACAAUCAUUAUUAGGUUUAGAGCCAUUUCGUACGAUUGAUGAAAUUAAUCGUGAAAUCCUUUUUUCCUUAAUUCAAGAAUUUGAUCUUCCUCAAUAUGUUUGGAGUGAUGAUGAAAUGGACCAAUUAAAUUUGGUAUGGCACCGUUUAGAUUGUUAUGAUGAUUGUAUAAAAGGAUUAUCAAAAUUAAGUAAAAAAUAUUUAAAUGCCACUUUAAGUAAUGCUAAUGUUAGAUUAUUAGUGGAUUUAAAAAGGCAUAACGGUUUACAUAUGUUAGAUUAUAUGUUUUCCGCUGAAUUAUUUAAAGAAUUUAUACCAAAGAAAUCCACUUAUUUGGGUGCUUGUAAAAUGUUAAAUUUAGAUCCUAGUGAAGUAGUUAUGGUAUCUUCUCAUUAUAGUGAUUUAUUAAAUUCUAAAGAAUUGGUGGAAUUUGAUUGGGUAGUUGAUAAUUUAGAAGAAUUAGCUGAAAUCAUGGGUUGUUAA